AUGAUCACCGUCAUCACCGAAGAUGAUCGUACCUUCCCCAUCGACGUCGACGCAAGCAUCGAGCUGGAGAACCUCAAAGCGUUGCUAGAAGUCGACUCCAACAUCCCCGCCGAACAGCAGCAACUGUUGCACUCUGGGAAACCGUUGAAUGACGGCAAAGCAACACUUGCCAGCUGUGGAGUCCAGAACGACGAUCUGCUCAUCCUUCGAGAUGCUCGACAAGCGUCGUCCGCUUCUGCUGCACCUUCUGCUGGUGGUGCCGGUUCGUCUGGUGCGAGAACCUCUUCGGCUGUUCCAACGUCAGAAUCGCAAGCGGCGGAACAGCUCCGACAGCAGAUCCUCUCUGAUCCAGCUGCGCUCUCGAUGCUUCGUGCCAACAACCCGCUUCUAGCCGACGCAGUAUCCUCCUCCCCCACCCGCUUUCUCGAGCUUCUGCGCGCACAACGCGACGCCAUGCAACAAAACGAACCGGUCGACGAGUUCGACAUCGACGCACAACGACGCAUCGAAGAAGCCAUCCGUCAACAGCGCGUCAUGGAAAACCUCGAACACGCCAUGGAGUACUCUCCGGAAUCCUUCGGUCGCGUCACCAUGCUGUACGUCGACUGCAAAGUCAACGGAACCCCCGUCAAGGCGUUCGUCGAUUCGGGAGCGCAGGCUACGAUCAUGUCGCCCGAGUGUGCGGAGAAGUGCGGCAUCAUGCGUCUGCUCGACACGCGCUUCGCAGGCAUCGCAAGGGGAGUCGGAACCGCCAAGAUUUUGGGUAGAGUGCAUUCGGCACAGCUGCAGCUGGGGAAAGGAUUGUUCUUGCCGUGCAGCUUUACGAUCAUGGAGGGCAAAGGGGUGGAUAUGCUGUUUGGGUUGGAUAUGUUGAAGCGGUAUCAGGCGGGGAUUGAUCUGGGCAAGAACGCGCUGGUGAUCGGGGGUGAGGAGGUGAGGUUCUUGGAUGAACACGAGCUGCCCACAGAGGCCGAGGUGGAUGAGGAGGGGAAGGAGAAGAAUACGGGGGCAGGGACCUCGGCGGAAGGGGCGGCUAGUGCCAAUAGUAACGCCGCGGCGGCGGCAGCCACGGCGGGCAAGUUUCCGGGCGCAGGACAGUCGAUCGGUGGUAAGGAGCACUUUGAUUCUCAUGGAUGGAGCUUUUCCCAUCCCUCUGCUGGGUCGUCUCAAUCCACCGCGGGGAACACGACGGCGUCGACAGUCCCACCGCCAUCGACAGGUGGGCCGAGGCAAGCGACGGCGGCCCCACCUGCGUCUGCAACCAAAUGGCCAGCUGACUCGAUCAGAGCGCUGACGGAUCUAGGCGCUACUCAGCAUCAAGCUGUCUCGUUCCUAGAUGCUGCAGGUGGCAAUGUAUCGGUGGCGGCUAGCUUGCUUUUCCAGCAGUAA